GAUUUGUUUCUUCAUGUUAGCGAUGUUGAUUCUUUCACUCUUUUACUGUGACGCUCGAAACGUUGGUUUUGGUAACAACGACGAUGGAAACCAGCGGAAUCUUUCAGGGAAAAUCUUAGAAAUAAGGCUCGAUGGCUGAUGGACAUCGCCAUCCCUGUUGAUCCAAUUGAAAGGCCUAUAUUCCUUUUUGCUGGUGACCUUGAUACCAUCAAUCAACGAGUGGUGGAUGGAAUUAACGGUCGGUUAACAAGCAAGAUCACCAGUCGUAACAGUAGCUGUGCAGUGGCCAGCGUGCCGUGCAGUUGCGCCAGUGACACAGGCACCUGCAUCUGUACCAGCACCGAUUGCACUUGCACCGUCGCCCCCUGUACUUUUAACGCCGUUAUUAGUAGUAGCACUUCCGAUGGCCUCCGUGCUUCCAGCUCUAGCGGUUCCAGCUCCACCGAUGGAAGUAGCAGUAGCAGUAGCGGUAGCAGUAGUAGCCCUAGUAGCUCCAGUACUAGCAGUAGCAGUGAUCUAUCCAUCUCCACUGUUUGUAGAGGAACAACCGCAGUACCUCCGUGCAGGUGCUACGUCACAACAUGCACUAAUGGCGCGUGUGAACCUCUCAGUAACUAUGUCAACCCUUCUGCCGCUUGUACUGCUUUUUUGUCGGGCUAAAAGCAUCGGAGUAUUUAUAAUUGAUAAGCAUAAUGUAUCAGUUGAAAUCGUUCAGAGAAGAAUGUUUAGCCUAGAAAACCUAAAAUAUAGCCUACAGUAAAAUAAUGUUCCUUGAUGUCGUCCUUGUGAUCAAUGAAAAAGACUGCACUUAUGUAGCAUUGAUACAGUAAUAAACAACAAUAAAUGAA